ACCGGCAGACGGAAAAACAAGACUCGGCGUUUGGGAGGAGCACGAGCGAAGCUGCACUCACGCCACAGUCCUGACCCUUUGAGGGUUUUACCCACGGCCGCUUUCAGCCUCCCUCAGGCCGAGGCUAUGAGCGGAAGAGAGGCGUCCCUGGCCACGCCACCAUGCUGCUUCUGAGGAGCUGGGACGAGACUUUGGCUGGCAACACACCAGGUGAUCCUCUCCCACUCCUGCACUAUGCCUGUCUGCGGACGCUGCGGUUCCUCCCUGCCUCGAGGACCUGCUGGGGCCUGCUUCUACUCCAGCGUUGUCCGGGUGCAAGAACAGUUUCGGAGCCUGCAUCGUCUUCUGCCUCCAUCACUCAACCGCCGCACAAACACCUCACUCUGCCUGCCGCUCUUACUUCUGCUGCUCUGCCUUCUCCACCUACCCCCGGCCUCCUGCCACUCAAGGAGAGAAAAGAGUGGGGUAGGUGGGGGCGGCGGCGCCCACUACAUACCCAUCCCUCAGCCCCCUCCGCAUCACUUGGCUCUGCCCAACAUUUUACGGGGCCUCAGCAUUGCUGUCGUCCUAGUGGGCAACUCCAGCGAGGUGACGCUUGCGGGGGCCCGAGAGAAGGAGGACUUCAUCCACAUGGCGCCCAACGUGGAGGUGCUGACCAUGAAUGAGACGGACCCAAAGAGCAUCAUCAAGAGCAUCUGUGACCUGAUGACGGAGCACUGGCUGCAGGGCGUGGUGUUUGGUGAUGACACCGACCAAGAGGCCAUUGCUCAGAUCCUGGACUUCAUUUCCGCUCAAACCCAUAUUCCCAUCCUCGGAGUUCGUGGGGGCUCCUCCAUGAUCAUGGCUGCCAAGGACGACAACUCCAUGUUCUUUCAGUUUGGUCCCUCCAUCGAGCAGCAGGCUUCUGUCAUCCUCAACAUCAUGGAGGAGUACGACUGGUACAUCUUCUCCAUCGUCACCACCUACUACCCGGGCUAUCAGGACUUUGUCACCAAGAUCCGAAACACCAUCGAGAAUAGCUUUGUGGGCUGGGAACUAGAAGAAGUCCUUUUGCUGGACAUGUCUGUAGAUGAUGGAGAUUCCAAGAUCCAGAACCAGCUGAAGAAGCUCCAGAGUCCAGUGAUUCUCCUCUACUGCACUAAAGAGGAGGCCAACACCAUCUUUGAGGUGGCCCACUCUGUUGGGAUUACUGGUUAUGGCUUCACGUGGAUUGUUCCCUCGCUGGUAGCUGGAGACACGGAUGUGGUUCCUGCAGAGUUUCCCACAGGUCUGCUCUCGGUGUCCUACGACGAGUGGGACUACGGCAUAGAAGCCCGUGUUCGUGACGGUGUGGCGAUCAUCACUAUGGCAACUUCCACCAUGAUGAUGGACCGCGGACCUCACACGUUGCUGAAGUCCGAGUGCCACGGCGCACCGGAGAAGAAGACCCCCAUCUCAGGCAACCCCAAUGAAGUUCUCAGGUACCUGAUGAAUGUGACGUUUGAGGGGCGUAAUCUGUCGUUCAGUGAGGACGGAUACCAGAUGCACCCCAAGCUCGUUAUUCUCCUGCUCAAUAAGGACAGACAGUGGGACAGGGUGGGUAAGUGGGAGAACGGCUCCCUGUCCAUGAAGUACCACGUGUGGCCUCGCUCUGAGCUGUAUGGGGGGGCAGCAAACCGGGAGGAUGACCACCUGUCCAUCGUGACACUGGAGGAGGCUCCGUUCGUCAUCGUGGAGGACGUUGAUCCGCUCAGCGGGACCUGCAUGAGGAACACCGUACCUUGCCGGAAACAGAUCAAGUCAAUCAAUCAGACGAAGGAAUCGGGGAUCUACAUCAAGCGCUGCUGUAAGGGCUUCUGCAUCGACAUCCUGAAGAAGAUCGCCAAGUCGGUCAAGUUUACGUACGACCUUUACCUGGUCACUAAUGGAAAGCAUGGGAAGAAAAUCAAUGGGACCUGGAAUGGGUUGGUGGGAGAGGUGGUCUUCAAAAACGCCCACAUGGCUGUCGGAUCCUUGACCAUCAACGAGGAGAGGUCGGAAGUCAUCGACUUUUCUGUUCCUUUCAUCGAGACGGGAAUCAGCGUCAUGGUUUCUAGAAGUAAUGGCACAGUCUCGCCUUCAGCAUUCUUAGAGCCCUUUAGUGCAGAUGUGUGGGUGAUGAUGUUCGUGAUGCUGCUGCUGGUGUCGGCAGUGGCGGUGUUCGUGUUUGAGUACUUCAGCCCUGUGGGCUACAACCGCUGUCUGGCUGAUGGCAGAGAGCCUCACGGUCCGUCUUUCACCAUCGGUAAGGCCAUCUGGCUGUUGUGGGGUCUGGUGUUUAACAACUCCGUACCCGUUCAGAACCCUAAAGGCACCACCAGUAAAAUCAUGGUGUCGGUGUGGGCCUUCUUUGCUGUCAUCUUCCUGGCCUCCUACACUGCCAACCUGGCUGCUUUCAUGAUCCAGGAGGAAUACGUGGACCAGGUCACGGGUCUGUCUGACAAAAAGUUCCAAAGCCCCAACGAUUUCUCACCUCCGUUUCGGUUUGGUACGGUCCCCAAUGGGAGCACCGAGAGAAACAUCAGGAACAACUAUCCAGAAAUGCACUCCUACAUGACAAAGUUUCAUCAAAGGAACGUCACCGACGCUCUGCAGAGUCUGAAGGCUGGGAAAUUAGAUGCCUUCAUUUACGAUGCAGCUGUUCUGAACUACAUGGCCGGCAGGGACGAGGGUUGUAAGCUGGUGACCAUUGGCAGCGGCUACAUCUUUGCCACCACCGGCUACGGUAUAGCCAUCCAGAAGGAGUCGCUCUGGAAGAGACAUGUGGACCUGGCCAUCCUGCAGCUUUUUGGAGAUGGGGAGAUGGAGGAGCUGGAGUCCCUGUGGUUGACAGGAAUCUGCCACCACGAGAAGAACGAGGUGAUGUCCAGCCAGCUGGACGUGGACAACAUGGCUGGUGUCUUCUACAUGCUGGGAGCUGCCAUGGCCCUUUCGCUCAUCACCUUCGUCUGCGAGCACUGGUUCUACUGGCAGCUGCGCUUCUGCUUCAUGGGCGUCUGCUCCGGCCAACCCGGCUUCGUCUUCACAGUCAGCAGGGGGAUCUACAGCUGUAUUCAUGGAGUUCAGAUUGAGGAGAAGAGCAGCUCUGCGCUGAACUCACCAUCAGCCACCAUGAACAACACCCAUUCCAACAUAAUGCGCCUCUUACGCACGGCCAAGAACAUGGCCUCCCUGUCGGGGGUGAACGGCUCACCGCACAGUGCUCUGGACUUCAUCCGCCGUGAAUCUUCUGUUUACGACAUCUCUGAGCACCGCCGCAGCCUGGCCGGCCACUCGGACUGCAAGGCUCCGUACAUGCCCGAAGACAACAUGUUUAGUGACUACAUCAGUGAGGUGGAGAGGACGUUUGGUAACAUUCACCUAAAGGACAGUAAUUUGUACCAGGACCACUACCUGCACCACCACGGCUCAACACUAGGGCUCAGCGGCCCUCCUCCCAACAGGCCCCACAGUUUGGACAGUGCUAGUUCUUUGGAGGGUGGCAUGUUUGACUGCGAUAGCCUUGGAGGAGGGGUGGCGCCAAUCUUUACCACCCAGCCCUGUUCAGCGCUGACCCACAGAAACAUGAGCAAGUUUGACCUCCUGUCCGGUCAGACUCCUCCAUCAGGCCAGAGCUUUAAAGGAGGUUUGCCGGAUCUAUACGGAAAGUUCUCUUUCAAGGGAGGCGCCUCCAGUUCCACCUACAUCCCUGGACCCAGUUACUGUGGAGGGAGAGGAGAGGAAGAUGGGAAUGUACGUUCAGACGUCUCCGACAUUUCCACGCACACGGUAACUUACGGGAACCUGGAGGGUAAUGCCAAGAAGCGCAAACAAUACCGCGAUAGUUUAAAAAAGAGACCAGCCUCUGCAAAGUCCAGACGGGAGCUGGACGAGAUUGAGCUGGGCUACAGGAGGAAGCCGUACCACAUCAGCCAUCACCACUACCACAGCCAGCGCUCUGCCUCCCCGCCGCUGUUACCCUCUGGAAGCAAGAGAGGCGGCGGAGGAGGUGGAGGAGGUAACAACAAUGGGAACUCGUAUCUUUUCAGAGAAAAGGAGAGUGUGAGGGACUUCUAUUUGGACCAGUUUCGUCCCAAAGAGGGUGUCCCUCAGUGGGAGCAUGUGGACUUGACAGAGGGCCCAGGAAAUAGAGAUGGAGCAGUAUCAACCUGCACUUCCCUCGUACCGGUGGAUGAUUUUCUUAAGAUCAAACCCAAAAAGUCUGAUUCAAAGAGCGCUGGAGGGUCUGGGCUUGCAGGAGGAGAGUGGGAAUGCAGAAACUGUCACGCUAGCGGGAGCAAGCAGAUGUCCAUGCAUGGUGGGUAUGCUAGUGGUGUGAGCUGUGGGUCCUCCGGAGGCAACAGUCGACCCAGCUCUGCAACUUGCAUGCGCUGCGAAGGCUGUAAAAAGACAGGAAACCUGUAUGACAUCAGCGAGGACAACAACCACUCUUUGGAACAAAUGGGGGGAGGGAAAGGAGGAGGAGGAGUGGGAGGAAUGGUCACAGGCCCUCAGUCUCAAUCUCAGGUCCAGCAGAGGAGGAAAAGCGGAGGAUUCGGCAAGCAACUGAGGCGGCAGCAUUCCUACGACACAUUCGUUGAUCUUCAGAAGGAAGAAUCGGGUGGGAUGGGAAGUUUGAUGGGAGGUUUGGGAGGAGGUGGAGGGAUGAGUGGGGCAGGUUUGCCAGGAAUGCUACCCCCACCCAGGAGUGUAAGCUUGAAGGAGAAAGAACGCUACAUGGAGGGCAACAGCCCCUUUGCACACAUAUUUGAGCGUCACGGGGGCUCGGAGCGAGAAAGGGAAAGGGACAGAGACCCGUUGUUUUAUGGAGGCGAGAGCCAGAAAGGACCUGGCUCACAGUUUGGCCUAUUCAGAGGGGGCGAAGGCCUCCACCGCCGCUCCAUCGGAGAAAGAGACAUGAGAGACAGAUCUUUGAUGGAAGGAGGGGGUGGGGCAGCAUUCUCUUUAUCCAAAUCUCUUUACCCGGACCGGGUGAACCAAAACCCCUUUAUACCCACCUUUGGGGACGACCAGUGUCUGAUGCAUGGAGCCAAACAGUAUUAUAUGACAAAGCAACAACAGCAGCAACAAGUUGCCACAAACAGCCGAAGUGACUUCAGGGGUCAGAUGAGUGCGCCAUCGUAUCUGCCAGCGUCUGUGACGGCCGGGGUGAUGACUAGCGCGUCCCCCCGAUUCCCAAAAGAGCUCAGCCUGGGUGGGAUGAACCAUCACGGCUCCAUGUUGGGGGUCGGCCCCCCACGUCCCUUCAACGGAAGCAAUGGUCAUGUGUACGAAAAACUUUCCAGCAUUGAAUCGGACGUGUGAAUGACUAUGGGAGGAGGAGGAGAGCAAUAGAGACGUUGGGAGAUCAGGGCUAAUUCUUUAAACACUGUAGACACAAAGUGGCCCAAGUUCACCGUGAGACAGGAAGUCGAGGGGGGAAGGACUGGAGGGUCGUGGUUAAUAGUGCGGGAAAGUACGAGUCAAAAUCAGGACAUCUUGAGGGGGUUUGUGAUGCUAUCCCUCUCUCAAAAAUGGCCAAAGCUGCUCUACUUUUACGUCCACACACAGCCAGUAAACAUCUCCCUCAACAAUCCAAACGCCACCAACUCCCCUCCUCUCGUCCACCAGUGUGUUAAAGUCACCCGGUGAUGACGCAACACCUCAUCUGAGUUUGUGGCUUGACUGGGACCCUGGGAUGGCAUUCCGAGGGUUCCCUGCUAGGAACAAAGACCAGAGCGAACUGCCUAUCAGCCCCCGUGUCACGGCAGGAAGGAGACAUGGCUACACUCCCCAAACUUGGACAUCUCUCCUCGCCCAUGCCUCCUCCUCCUCCCUGACACCUUAAAAAGCUGUUUGUUAUGAGAAAUACAAUCAUGAAUGAUAAUAAGAUAUUCUUAUAGAAAAACAGGGUAUAAGAACAACAAUAGCGUGAAUAACAAAGACGUAUAUGCUGAUUAUUAUGGUACUACCACGUAUGACAUCACCAAGUUUUUCUCGUUUUUUUAUUCUGUUGGUAAAAUAUUUGACUACUUUCUAAGUAUCUGUAGAUGUGUUCUUGUCUGCUAGUUUCAGCAGCAGGAAGUUUGUUCUUGUUAAGCCAGAAAGACUCUUUUCUGUGGAACAGUUUACUCCAUUUUCACUCAUCUUUUUGCUUCUUUUCGAACGAAAACUGGAUCUCAAAGAAACUUUUGGAGCUGGGAGAUCCUUAAUGUUUCAGGACAACACAAAUCAAGCGCGCACAAUACUUUAAACGUUGUUUUUUUUUUUUUUUUGUCAUUCCGAACUUGUGUUACUGUGAACAACAGAAGCUGAAGCUGCUGAGAGGAAGGACGUGCCUUAGUGGUCUCCAGUGGAAGUGUCCUCCAGUUCACAAGCAGCAGCGCCAGGAUGGACUGCUCGGGGUUCCCAUCAUUUAUGAGCCAAAACCGCAGUAAGCACUGGCUGCUGCCGAUGGUUUCAAUACCAGAUGCUGUUUGAGAUCUUUUAUAUCUUCAUAGGAAUAUUUUACACGUCGGGUACGCGUGUUCAGGAUGUCCCACUGUUACUGAUGACACUGAUGGAAGCCUUGUUUCCUUCAACAACACACAUCAGCACUCAUGAUAUCAGCCUCUCUUCAGUGUGGGAAUGAAAGCAUUACUUACUUUUUGACAUUAUGAAGCAGGAAAAGCGUUGCGAAGGACAGUAGAAGCUGAUCCAGGGAGGCCUCCCGAACACAAGCCGAGGCCUUGGCCAGGUGACUACCUUGUGAGAGGGUUUUUUUUACUCGCUCUGAUGUAGAUAGUCGGUUUAACUGAGGAGGCCUCUUUUAUUGCACAGGACUUUUGACUCGCUGUAGGUUCAGUCACUCAGUAGACAUGCCUUAUCGCCCCAUCACCUCUUUGCUCCUGUUCCGCUGGCUGAUGAUGAAUCAUCGUGUACAGACAGGGCCUCUAUUAGUGAUCUGAAGGUUUAAUAAUCUGUGGUCGUUGGUGUCACAAGUUCAAGGGCUGUUGUACAGGAGUGCUGAGCACAGAAAAGACCUGCUAGAAAGUGUGGGAAAUUAUCUUUAUCCUCGACAUAAUGUAAACACACGAUACUAAAACUAGUUUAUCACUGGCCUGCAACUAUUGACGACUAAUUAGACAGAAAAUGGCAUAAAAUGUGCAAAAAGAUGUAGUUGGAAUCGUAUUGAGUUUGUAAGAAUGACACUUUAAAAAAUGGUUUAACUGAUUCUCAUGUCUAACGCUAUUGGCUAACACUUAACAUGAAAUUGCAUGGGACUCUACUGGGCGGGGGAAGGGCUUAGCACAAGACAAAAGAUGUGUGGGCAUCUCUUUUACAGAUUUCAGCAAAAUUAUACAUAAUGCCCAAAAGGGGGAAAACUCCAGAUUGCAGCUUCAACUACAUGACUGGAUUAGAAACAUACACAAGCAAUACUUUUGACGUUGUAUUCACAUUUAAGAGGACUCUUUCAUCUUAUAGCUGAAAUGGCCAACCUGAAAAACAAGCUAGCUUUUAAACAAAGACACGGUCACGGAACACUAACCGUUCCUGUCGACUAUCACCGAAAGCCACAUCCACCUGAUACCGGAACCCGCUUUGCCACAGUAAACGAGAGCAAUAAACACCAGUCACCGUUUUCUAGGUCCAAACAAGUUUCGUUAUCCGUGACUUUAAUCAGUGUUUAUCUUUUUGGGACUCUGGUAGUUUGUCCUAAAGCUGAAGUGGUAGCAGCCGGCUGUUUCUCCUUUUCUGCUGUUAUUGAGCGGAGAACCUCUCACACCAGUUCUGUUGAACACCACUGGUGUGAGAGUGUGUGUGAUGAGUAAAGUGCAGUGGUUUGGCGAGACUGACAACCGGAUGGUCAUAUUGUUGGUUUUGUAUCGAGCCGUAUUAUUGGCGUAGGUUUGCAGACAAAUGCGAGAAAACCCCUAUUUUUUUUUCGUUUUUAUUUUUAUAUCGUCACAGAAUGUUAAAAUGUUGUUAAAAGGCUUAAAAUAUUAUGCUAGCUUGUUUUGCAGAUUAACCAUUGUAGCUUUAUUUAAACUGAGUGUGAAAGUGUCAAAUAGAUUUUGAACAUGGUGCACACAUUCUCAUUGGUUGUUGGUCUCCUAAAGCCCACCUCCAGUACCUUCAGUUCUAUAGAGUCCAAGUCACUUCCGCACCAUGGGUCCCCUGAAGAACGAAAAAAUGAAUGCAAGUUAGCAGGGCUAAAAACGCUGUUUUCCAAUCCGCUUUGCCUUAUGUUUAUGUUUAACAUUUAGCAGACGCUUUUAUCCAAAGCGACUUACAAUUUAUAACCUAUAGGGCAUGUUGUGAUCUGUGGGGGAAACCGGAGUGCCCGGAAGAAACCCACGCAUGCAUGGGGAGAACACGCAACUCCACGCAGAAAGGCUGCAGCCGGGUUUCGAACCUGCGACCCUCGUGCUGCGAGGCAACAGUGUUAACCACUGCGCCACCGUGCAGUCCAGCCUUACGCCCUGGAUCACACACAUGUUGUAUUGCUAUUUAAAUGAAAAGUAAUGAUGGGUGUUUCGACCACGCCAGUCAAGUACUUUGAGAUUUAUUAGCUUGUAAAUGUUCGUAAUUAGCAUGACGACAAACUAGAAAUUGGUAUGUCGCAUUCGUGACGUCACCACAUAAUCUUCUCUCCCCAAAGUAGCUGCUUCUUACCAAAAGACCAUGAUGUGGAAGUGACUUGGGCUUCCUAUUGGUAGCCUAACCUUUCUGCCAUUUUUCCUCUGCUUUUCUUUGUUUCUGGUUCGAUGCCGUCGUUUUGGUGAUGCGCAUUUGUAGACCUGGACGUAUUUUUCACACAAAACCUAAAAUAACUUUUGCUCCCAUUUGAAAAUAAGUGUGUGCUUGGCAUCAAAAUGCAUCUUUAAAAUUCAUGGACAUCAUAUGUGAAAUCCAUGGCACGUAACAAAUAAGAUUGGAAAAUAGCGUUUUUAGCCCCAUUGACUUGCAUUCAUUUAUCCGUUCUUCCGGGGACCCGUGGUGCAGAAGUAAAUGUGCGUGACUUAGGCUUCAUUCUUUGGAAAAAACAGUCAAAUGAAACCAAGAAUAGUGGAUCAACAAUAGAAAUCAGGAGCAGAGCGGCGCCAAACCAAUCAUGGCCGACUAAUGGAAAAUCCCAAAUCCAAAACAAACAUUUGGAGGCAUUUUGAAAACCGUUUGUCACCAACAGUUGUGGCCAGUGAGAUGCUGAAUUAUGUUGUGUUUGUGGGCAGAAGCUCAUUAAUUUUUAAAAAUCUGUUUAUUUUUCUCUAAUUGUUCGUGAAAUAAGCAGCCUGUUCUGAGCUCCAUAAAUACAAAGACUGAUCGAGUUAGCCUUAAAUCUGAUUCACACUCUCUCUCUUUUUUCUCUUUCCUACACACACACACACACACACACACACACACCCAUCACAAUCCUAAUAAAUAACUUGGGAUCUCUGGAAUUUUUUUAUACAAAAACACAUUGAAAGUUCAGGUGAAACAUUGAGAACAAGGAGUUUUCAUAAGGAGGCUCCGAUUAGGAAAAUGAGUCUGGAAAGACUUUAGCGUGGGCAUCAAUCCGUGUCACCAUUAAAUAUGUUUCAGUCUUUUAUCUUGUAAAUAAUCUAUUUAAACAACAAAAAACUUUUCACUGUACAGUAAACAGACAGACAAGGAUGUAACUUUCAAUAUGUUUUACAACAAUUUAAGAAAUAAACAAAAUUAUGAUAAAAACUCGUAAAACAAAAAACACAAAAAUAUGCAAACUAUAGUUAAGACAACUAUUACUAAUCAAAGUGAUAUAAUUGAACUUUGUUUUCUUUAAAUCCAUGUUUACUUAAUUAUAAUAGUUUUACCAAUCAGUAUAUACAGAUUAUGUUAAGAAUUCUGCUUUUUUCCCCUUAAUUUCGAUAAAUUGUUGGAAAUUAAGGGAAAAUUACCGUAGGUGUAGACGUUUGGUGAUUAAUCAGGGACGUUUUAGUUUUAGGAGCUUUGGUUAAGUUUCCUCUGGGAUUGUGUUAGAUCCUCUCUUUUUAAGGUAAGCUACAUCUCCAUGCUUUUCUGAGAUAGAUUUGAUUAUCUACACAUAUGUGAUACAAUAUUACAUGUAUACAGAGGUGGUAUUUGCAUAUAGAGGCAGUAUGUUGUGGUCCUUCAUUUUUAUUUCAAGCAGCCGUUCUUGUGUUUUCGUGUUGCCCGUAUUUUUUGGGAUUUGGGCUCCAAACGGUAAUUGCACACAGAAUUUAGAGCCAUCGUCGGCCCGGCCUAUCCUGCUCCUCUCUACAUCUGGGAUAGACAUCACUGUGGUAAAAGGAAGGUACACGCUCAGAAACACCGGACAUUUCUCGGUGUGCCAGCUGCUGAGGAUUUCAGCACAAACAUGGUGGAGAACCGUAGUUUCCUCUCACUGAGGCUGAAAUGCAUUUGUGCAACCCCUUAUUAGAAGACGAAACAUUUGUUCUCUCAUUUUAAAGCAGAUUUCUGCUGCAGAAACAAACUGUUGUUGCUUUCAUUGAACUGUGUUGUUAAACUGUGAUUUGACCGCUGACAAAAUGCUUUGGAUUCUGGUUUAUUUUUGUUUUUCAGCUCUGUAUGUGUCUGUGCAGGACAGAAAAGAUCUUUUUAUUAUUUUUUGUGCACAUAUGCAGUCUGAAAUCCUUUCAUGACCCUUAGAUUUUGCUCGGUACUAAUUCCAAUAAGUUUCUGUCAUCCCCCCUCCCCCGCCGUCACCCGCUCAUUUUUCGCUCCUGAACUGCUUUGAUAGAAACAUGGAAAAUACAUCAGUGUACAUAAACUUUAAUUUAUUUACUAAUUAAUUCAACAUAUUUGCAAUAAACAACCAUAACAAACAGGUGAAGUUCAUAUUAUACUCUUGGUGUGUUAUAUUUCACUUCCUGUUCCUGUGUCUUUGGUCAUCGGAGGACUAGCUGGAGCUGUGAAGCAGAGGUGCACCUGGCACUGUUAAAUCCUGGUAGCUUCAGGUCUUCAUGCCUGCAGCUGUUCUGCGGCGUUCAUGCUCAGGUUUGGCCAUGAAGCAGAUUCAGCCAGACUCAUCAUGAGCCUUUAGUCCCCUUGAAGCCAAAUGCCGCAACACAUUUGUUCAUGCGGCGUUCGAAUAAUGGUCAGAAAACGACAACAAUUCCAUAAUAAUAAAUAACAGCAUGACUGUGGAAGUUCCAACUUGUUGACAAUCCACACAGGUCUGGUCAGGACAGAAAGACGAACCGUUUUAAGAACCGUAACUAGUGAGCGGUUGGCUUCCUUUGUUAACCAGAGAGAAUCUUAAUCAGAAAGUCUUUUUUUCAACACAAACCUCCACAAAAUACACUCCUACGGUGCAAAUAUAUGACUGUGAUAAUUUUUUUUUGUUUCUUUAUUUCAGCACAGUCAUGACUUUAUCCCAGCGUAGAGCAGCUUCCAGACCCUGUGCAUGCAACUGCACCAAACUACCAGUACAAAGAACAGUCAGUGUGCAUCACAUUUCCCUUUUUGCACCAGCAGGGGUGAAAUUUCCAGUGCCCCAACACCAUUCAAUUCAGCCACGCUGAUUGGCUCCCUAGCAACCAUUCAAUUUGGGAAUUUAAUUGAACUUCUACGGCUCUUUGAUGGUUAAAUUGGGGGAAAAUCACUGCUGAAUGUGUCAAAUGAUGGGAAUGUUGUGUAAAGAUUUCAGAUUGCAUGUAGGAACAGUACUAAGUACAAUUGGCACACUGAUAAUAAAAUAUGUAAAAAUAUAUACACCUAUGUAUUUUCUCCUCUCCACAUCUGAGAGUGGCACCCCAGUGCCCCCUCUGGACAAGCCACUGCUCACAAACACUGUGUCCCUUUUUUGAUGGCCUGAACGCGCUAACGGAGCAAAAACAUCACGAUUGAGAAGGUUUUAUUCUAAUUUUCUCUUAGCAAUAUUACCUAAACAACACCAUGGCACCGGGGGUCACGCUGGCUUGUUUUAAUAUUUUUUUUCCCUUUGAGAUAAAAGCGUAGAAGCUUAGAUGUUUCUUGUCUUGCUUGAUGGACAUGAGCUUUGACCUUGUGGACAGGAAGAUCUGAACUGUGAUAUCACCUCUCUGAUGUGAUUUUGUGUGUGUGUGUGUGUGUGUGUGUGUGUGUGUGUGUGUGUGUGUGUGUGUGUGUGUGUGUGUGUGUGUGUGUGAGGAGGGGAGGUAUUUUCAAAUGUGUUUCUGAGUAAGCUAUUUAUAAUUACUACCAACUGGAGAUGACUGAAGUUCAUACAGUUUUAAUGAAUUCAAAAUUCACUUUUUUAAUUGCUAAUUAAAAUGUCGUAUGAACACAUUAGCCCACCACCGAGUUGGUUCAGUCCAGCUCAGUCACAAUAGAUCUAGAAAAAAAACGCCCCCUAGUGGCUGGUUGCCAUACACGUUUUCAUCCCUGCCCACUCUGUGUAGACCAAUGAGACUUUGCCCUGACUUAACUAUAAAAAUAUUGUUACAUCUUCUUUACUUGUAUAGGUCUUACCGUGCUGAAUGUACAGAUAUUUUUUGUCACAUAUUUAGUUGUGAAUAGUUAUCUGAUGCUUAAAAACCUACCAUGAUAAUGUGUGGGUCAGUCGUGCUCAAACCCAAUAAUACAACAUGGCAGUGACUGUAAAUGGCAUAGACAUGAUUACGUAGACAUGCCAUUGAGCAAUGGAGAGCGUAACAGCUUCGCCGCCAUAUUGAAUGGGUCCCUCACUAGCUAAAGCAGAGUUAGCAACUGAGCCCAAGUUUUUGUGUGGCCUACGGUUGCAACAACUUUUGAAAACGGAUCACGUGGGAUUAUUAUUGACUUUUCUAGCCCACCAUUUAAAUUUUAAUUUAUUUUCUUUUAUUAUAGUUAUAUUUUAACUAUCAUGCCACAUGUAUGAUUUUGUGAAAAUGCUUGAAAAAGCUUGAUAAAAUAAAAUAAAAAGCUUGAUAAAAUGCAUUUUUUGUUGGACAAAGACCUUCCUCAGCAGACAUAAAUGCACUGGGGGUGAAUGGAGACCCAUCCAAGAUGGUGGCCCGCUGCUAUGCUAGCUGUGAUUGGCAUCGCCGGUCCACGUCACGUCUGCGUAUUUGCUGUCUGUGGUGAAUGGGACAGAAGAAGGCUGAGUCUAGUCAUUUAAGUCAAACUGGAGUUUUGGUUUCUUCCUGUUGAUAGCUGCUAAAGUCAGCAUUUUGUGGCUGAAAUGACAACUUCUCAUAAAUCAGACUGACCUAAAGUGAAGAUUUUAUCAUUGUAGUUGUAGCUGUCAAAAGCUCUCAUUGAACUUUUACAGAAACUUGGCCAUAUCUUAUGUCUAGUCAUUGGCUGCACAUUUAACCGAGCUAAACCAACAACCCACCAGCUAUAAAAUACUUUGAACAAAUAGAAUAGACAUUAUUAUUAUUAGAUUUUGAGAUGAGGUCUUUAUCUUUAUGAACCUCUGUGAAAUUUCUAACCUUGAAGAAGUUUUAAGACAACGUUAACAAAUUUUGUUCGUGGCUUUGUUCGAAUUAUUUGUUAACUCAUUGGUUCUCCUGAUGGAUGUAAAAGCUAUUUCUCUGAGCAGAAGCUGUUCAGGAAGCUAUCUAAAAUGAGUUCUAUAGUAAUAAUUUAUAACUUUUACACAGAAACACACAUUAAAAGUGGCAGAAAAUAUUUUUAAACCGUCCUUUCACUGUCCCUGUCCCUUUUUCUUACAGAGCUACGUCUUUGUGUGUGUUUUAUCUACUGAUAAUGCUUCAUAUUGAUGCAAACUCAAUUUUCUAUGAAACAGUGUACAGUUUUGUUUGUUCAUUUGGCUGUUUUCCAUCCUCGUCACUCGUAAGAACCGACUGCUGUAACAUAAGGGGUUGCUACUAAAUGUAUUUCACAAGUUUGACAAAUUUUCUCUGAAGCUACACAAUCUGAUAAAAUGACCUGUGGGUGACAAAAAUGUAAGAUAGAACUAAUAUCACUUGUAUACAUAAUCAUAUACAGAAUAUUAUUCUUGGCCAUUGUUUUUUCUCUUCUCGUGGCCCUUUUUCUUUAAAAAUAAUGCCAAACUUUUUACACCAUACGAACAGAAAAAAAACUAAUAACUGUACAGGUUGUGUAUAUACUGAACACAGGGGGAAAUAUUUACCUUCACCUUCUUUUUCUAUCAAAAUGAGCUCAAGUAAUCUCAGUAACAAAUUUAACCAUGUCAUGACAAAAUUGCAAAAAAUAAUUUAAAAAAUCUUUAAGGUUAUUCUAAUAAGGAUAAUGUCGAUAUCUACCAUUAUAAGUGCUGAAAUAAGACUAUUCUUUCUCUUUGUACAUGAUGAACAAAAUGACGUGUUGAGUAUUAAUAAUAAAAGGUAUAAAUUUCA